CCUUAGCCUCCUCUCUGUUCGAGUUCGUCGUCCACUCGCGUCCUCCUUGCUUCACUCGUUUUCCGUCCGUCUCCUUCAACACCGCCCUUUCCGCAAGUUUAUAUUUUUCCGAAGAGGGCGCGGAGUAUGUACCCAUAAGAAUGGAGGAUCUAGAUUGACGUGUCAUUUGUGGAGCUUAUCAAUGUUGUGUUCUCGCGCUUCUCUGAGUCGUAGAGAUGCGGUGGUUUUUAAUCUCGACGAGAACGGAUGUUUGUUUAAUUAUUAACAAGGAAUUCAUUUGCUGGUCUUAGUGAUAUCUUUUCUCUGAACCUUAUGAUAGGAUGUCAUUUUAUCGUUGAAUGGAAUAUGUGGGGGGCGCUAUUGAACUAUAUUUGCGGUUCUUAAGAGUAUUAUGCAUGUAGUUGCGUAAAACAAAGGCUUCAAAGAACAGUUAGGCUUUGAUUUAUGAAAUUUGUGGGAUCUUAGGAUCCUCAAUCCGAUCAUCUGGGACCCCAAAAUGACCCUACUUAGGAUCCCAAUCCUGACAACCUUGCAUUUAUCUUCGUGCGUGAGAGCAAAACAUCUAGUGUUUUGGACAUCCAUUUUUUGGCGUUAAUCUUGGUCUGUGGCCUAUACUUCAGUUUGUCAGGUACCAUGGAGAUCGACAAAGCAGUCAAGGAAUGUGAUGAUAGGAGGCUCAAGACUAAGUAUGCUAAUGCCAUUUAUGUCAUUCAGAGAGCUUUAGCCCUCUACUCUUUUGAUCUUGCAAAAGAUUGUUUAUUCUUCCUCUCCUACUGGAAUUGGGCCAACGAUGUUGAGACUAUCUUGGAGAGUGUUACUCUUCAAAUGGCUAGUAAACUGCAGUGUUGAAGAGGUUGCUUUCAGUUUCAAUGGUGGAAAAGAUUCAACUGUUUUGUUGCACCUACUUAGAGCCGGACAUUAUCUUAGUGAAGCGAACCAGAGGUCUCCUAAUGGGAAUCUAAAAGGUUUUCCAUUCAGAACGAUAUAUUUUGAGAGCUCUUCUGCUUUCUCUGAGAUCAACUCCUUCACACAUGGAAUUGCUACUACGUAUGCUUUGCAGAUGGAAGUCAUUCACACAGAUUUUAAGUCUGGUCUGGAAGAUUUAAUAAAAAGCAAGUCCAUUAGAGCUAUAUUUCUUGGUGUGAGGAUUGGUGAUCCUACUGCGGUAGGCCAGGAACAGUUCUCACCAAGUUCACCUGGUUGGCCUCCUUUUAUGAGAGUGAAUCCUAUAUUGGAUUGGUCAUACAGGGAUGUCUGGGCUUUCCUCUUGAUAAGCAAAGUUCCCUACUGCUGCCUUUAUGAUCAAGGUUAUACUUCAAUUGGAAGUAUACACGAUACUGUACCAAAUGCAUUGCUGCGAAGUGGUGAUUCUGCUAGCAGUGAAGAGAAGUUUAGGCCUGCCUAUAUGCUUUCAGAUGGUAGGCUUGAAAGAGCAGGGAGAGUAAAAAAGCACUCAUCAUCAGCUCAUGGGGUUUCUCCUUCCAGCGAUGGCAUGUAUAAACUGGAUUUUAAUAAUGGCAGUGUGCUCACUACCUCAAUCAUUGCUGUUGGGGAUGAGAUUCUAUCCGGCAUUGUUGAGGAUCACUUGGGGCCAAUCUUGUGUAGAAAGCUUCAUUCAAUUGGUUGGCUGGUGUCCAAAUCUGUGGCUGUACGGAACAAUGUUGAUUCUGUGGCUGAAGAAGUUGAACAGAUGAAAUCUGCUAAUGAUAUUGUAUUCAUAUGUGGCGGUGUCGGCCCUCUACAUUCAGAUGUUACUUUAGCUGGUAUUGCAAAGUCAUUUGGUGUUCGUCUGGCUCCUGAUGAAGAGUUUGAAGAAUACCUUUGGCAAUUGAUUGGCAACCAAUCUAAAGGUGAUCGGAAUGAGAUGGCUCUGUUACCUGAAGGUAUCACAGAAUUGUUGCAUCAUGACAAGCUUCCUGUACCUUUGAUUAAGUGUCAGAAUGUAAUCAUCCUUACUGCAACAAAUGUCACUGAGCUGGACCAGGAAUGGGACUGUUUGAUUGAUCUGAUGAGAUCAGCUGGCCAGUUAGUGGUGGUGGACCCAUUUGUCUCAAAACGCCUGACAGCAAAUCUUUCUGAUGUAGAAGCAGCUGCACCUCUGUCUAAACUUUGUCUUGAAUUUCCAGACCUUUGCAUUGGGUGUUAUCGUGAAUCACGACAUGGGCCUCUUAUUAUCAGUUUCGAAAGCAAGGAUACGGCAAGGAUUGAUUCAGCUAUAGGUGCGUUGCGCAAUAAGUUCCCCCCAGAAGCAUUUUCUGAAAUCAAUUGAGAUAGUUCAGAUACUAGCACUUUGGUGAGCUGGAGCAACCAAGAAGCUUUCUUCUCAAUUGCAGUCUCAAACACCCACAAAAGUGCACGGGCAUUGCGCCCUCAUCUGAGUGGUAAAAGGAGAUGGUGUAAUCAACCUUGGGAGGAGGCUGCAAAUACAGCACCGGAAGGCUCAAUUGAAUUUUAUACAGUAUUUUUAGGCACCGCCUUAAUUAUUAUUACAACUCUUGAUGCGCUUGUCCUUGCAAACAAGCCAAUGAAAAGUUGAUGGGAAGGUGAAAUAAAAUUUUAGCAGGCUGGUUCACUGCUUGUCUUUUCACAUUAA